AUGGUUCAGUCUUCGUCAGUGGAGCUAUCAGCAACUUCAACUGCCAACGAGGGCGCGCAUCUGCUGUCGAUUCGGCAACGUUGUUUGCGGGAAGUGGUUUCUCUCUCCCGGAAGGCACACAAACCUGGUGAAAGGGUGCAGCGCUUCGACGACAGAAGAAGGAAAAAAACAUAUUCAAUGCGAAUUCCACCUUCUCUGUGCCUUUGGCCCGGACAGGCGACACUCGCAACUCCAAGGAGAACUCCACCAACGACAAGCAGAGACAUGACCAUCACCGUCCGACUGUAUCGCCGCAUUCACCACGCGCUGUUGGUGUGCGACUGCCCAGUGUAG